UUUCAAAUUAAUUCAACAGUCUCUUUAUACUGAAAUCCAGUCACUGAGGCUCCUUUGAGACUCUGAAAUAUCAGAAGGACAAUCACAUCUUUUUGUAACUUCACUAUUGCAGCACAACAAAGUUUGUUGUUUGAAGUGACGAACACAUUUCAAAAGUUGUCCCUACAAUGGGGAAGGAUGGCCCAAAGCAGAGGGAUUACGUUGUGGCUGUGAUAGAUGCAGUCAAGUGUCCUAUUAACAUAACAUUGUUCCUAAUAUGCAUUUUACUCGUUUAUUUAAGUCUGAGGCCACUGUUAAGAAAAAAGAAAUCUCAGAAAUGUGAAGUCCCGAAAAUGGGGAAACGUGAUUUCACAUUAGAAGAACUUCAGAGCUUCGAUGGCAGUGGUGAACAUAAAAGAAUAUUAAUCGCAGUUAAUGGUAAGAUAUUCGAUGUCACGAAUAAGGGACAGGGAUUUUAUGGCAAGGGCGCACCGUAUGCUGCUUUUGCCGGUAGAGAUGCAUCAAGAGCACUUGCGUGCUUCAACCUUGAAACGAAAGAUGACUAUGACGAUCUUUCUGAUCUUACUGCUGAUCAAAUGCAAACCCUGAGGGAAUGGGAACUGCAGUUUUCCGGUAAGAUUGUAAUUUUUGCAAACCACAUUGUCGAUAUUUUUAUGCUUCGAUUUUGUAUCAUCUAAUUACUAAUAUAAUUUCUCUGCAUAUCCGGCUGUGUUUGGCAACCAAUUGUUAGUCAUAUGAACUUGUAACAGAUAGACUGUUGUAUCUUUCGUGUAUUUCGCUUUCAGUUCCACAAAAAUUUAUUACCAAGGUGUGUCAAUUAUUUGCUGAAUUUCUAGUCGAAUAGCGACACAACUUCACUUUUCUGCAAUCAAAUUUUCCAAAUUUAAGGUUAAGAUGUCUCAGUAUUUGCUGUAUGCAAACAUCAAUCCAGUUUAGUCUAUCGCCAGUUAACCCUCGUGAUGGAAUAUAGGCUGCCCACCACAAUUCUCCAUCGAACUUUGUCCUGGGCAACUCUUCACAUUUGCUACUCACUCCUUAGGUGUCUGCCUCCAAUUACCGGCGUAAUGUGUUACUUGGCCUUCUGAAUUUCCUUUAGCCUUCAGGAUUCCAAGUUAGUGUUUGCCUCGUGAUGCAGUUUGGUGAUUUCCGCAACGUAUAUCCCAUCCACCUCUACCGUCUUUUCCUAAUUCCCUAUUCAGUUAGAAGCGCACUUGUUCCCUCGCACAGCAGGCUAUUACUGAUGGUAUUAAACCAAAGGACAUUGAGGGUCUUACUUAGACAAAUGUUUACGAAUACCUUUACUUUUACAUGAUAGUUGUAGUUCACCAAGUUCCAGCUCUGUACAGUAAAGAUGUCUUGAGUUUUACAUUAAACAUUCUGACUUUGAUAUUGGUUGCUGCUACACCGUUUGUAUUGGCCUGCAUUUGUUGAUGUGUGUGGAGUAGAGAGGCUAUGUCAUCUGCGAAGUCCAAAUCGCGUAGCUACAUGCAAGCUGUCCAUUCUACUCCGAGUUUCUUCUGGGAUGUGGUGGUCCUUAUUAUUCAGUCAACCACCAGAAGAAAGAGUAAGGGUGAGAGUAAGCAGCCUGAUAAUGUCUGGUAACAGUCCUAACUUGGAAUGCAUCUAUCAGGUGUCUUCUAUGCACGACUUUGCAGUGUAGUCCGCCAUAUGAAUUCGUGUGGUGUUAACGAUAUUCUCAGGUACACCAUAAUGACGAAAGUUUCCAUAACGUUCUCCUAUUCACACUGUCAAAUACUUUCUCAUAAUCAAUGCAGUUGGUGUAUAGUCAUGAGUCCAGUUCAACUGAUUGUUCGACAAUGAUCUGUUGUGUCGUGAUUUGGUCUGUGCACGACUAAUCCUUACGGAAUCCAGCUUGUUGAUCUCGAAGUUGAACGUCUACCGAAAUCUUUCAUGUGGUUCGGCAACGCACUGUUAAAAACCUUUCCUGAUGCUCAGAGUUUCAAUAGAGACCUAUUCCUUAUGACGGUGCUUGUUGUGGUCCAGAACCUCCUGACACGUUAAAGUCAAUGCUUCUUUGAUCCCUCUCCUGUUGUCUUCCAUAGUAGUUUCGCAUUCUUCGAGUAAUUCUUCCAAGGCUCGAAAAUUAUUGCUGAGAGUUAUCUUGAAUUCGUCGAGCUUGUAUCUCGAAGGAGGGCUGUAUGAAGCCUUUUUAAUGCUGCUUAUCCAGUUGUCCGGUGCUUCUUUAGCUUCAGUUCCAUCUUAGCCACAGCCAGGUGGUGAUCUAAAGAUAUGUCAACUUCUCUCCUGGUUCUCACGUCUUCCAUUGUCUUUCUGAAGUGUUUUAGUCACCCCGAUCUGGUUCUCUGUAGUGUGGUCGAGUGAGAUCCAUGUAGCUUUGUGCAUAUGUCUGUGUGGCAAUGUUGUACUACCCAUAACCAAUUUGUAAGUUUCUCACCAUUCUUGUCCGUUUCUCCUAGUUAGUCCAUGUCGUCUCAUGAUAUCUUUAUACCUGGUGUCGUCCAUUCCGACUUUAACAUUUAAGUUUCUCAUCAGAAUGUUCAGGUUCUUUGCUGUGUGUUUCUUCGCGAUCGAUUGCAGCCUUCUGUAGAACCGAUCUUUAUCAUCGUCACUAGUAUAAUUAGUGUGGGCAUAAUGUUGAAUUAUAUAUAUAAUAUGUCUUAGCAGCAAGCCACUACAUAGGUGAAUAUAUUGAUUGUUUUGUGUUAUGUGAUUAUGUCAAACCAAUAAGAAAUCCUUAUUAUAAGUCCAGAAAUAACUGACAUUCGUCAACAUGCCGCAUCUGACGCUGAUGAAAUUCAUAUCAGCAUUACUGCACAUCGGUCAUAUAAACUGCAUUGUUUGAAUUUAGAGUUUUAUUAUCAUUAUUAAUAAGCACAUUAGCGAACAUAGCUUCACAAGGAAGAAUAGAUUCAGGAUAUUGAUUUGGUGUACUUGAGUUGAUAAGAUCUAGUAGUUGUUUACUCAAACCAAGCUAGCUUUAUAUUACAUCCACGAUAGUUAUUUUUUAGAUUGACAUAGCUGUUAGGUAAGUAGAAAUCACACCUCAAAAUUGUCGUUUGUGUAUACUGUGUGCUGAAGAGUAGGCAUACGAUAUUCAAAAACCCUUUUGUUUCAGUAAGACUAGAUAAAACUUUUGUCUUGUACUACAGAGCGUUAUGAUCAUGUUGGGCGACUUUUGAAGCCAGGAGAGCCUCAUCGGGUUUAUGAAGUCAAUGAUGGAGAAGAUGACGUUGGAACCAACCAUGUUCAAAGUGCACUUAAGAAAAAAGUAACUUGAAAGUGUCUACUUCUGUUCUAAGUAUCUUAUGUAUCUAAACUUAUAAUAUGAUUUUCUUAUCUGGACUGAUCAUCCAUGAUGCCUACAUUACAACUCUCAGUUAUUAUUUUUGACUUGGUUUUCGAUCCGUGCAAUAAUAAAACCGUUAAAUGAAACACUCAUCCACACAAAUAUGUGCACCAUGGAGUGGAUCUCUUAAAAUUCAAACAUAAAUCUACAUUUCCGGGUAUUUGUUUAUUGUAUUUUGUUCUUAUAAUUACAAAUCAUUUUGAAUACACUAUAUGUUUGACCUGGUUGCUACUGCUUAAUCAUAAUGUAAAUAUUUGUAACUUUCCACAAAUAUACAUGUUAAAAGCUUAUUUUC